CAUCCAAAUUCCAACCUGUUAGUAAAAAACACGAUUUGCCAUAGGCGGAAGGCAAAAACCCUUGAAUCUAGUUAAACCCCCGAUAAUAAACAUUGAUUAAUACAGACAGACCAACAGAGAGCGAUGGAAGACAUAAAUUUCGAGGACCUGGAAGAUCGUUCAUCGACCAAACCAGUAGUUAAGAAAUUCGCCCCUAAGAAUUCCAAGUUCAAACCCCCAACCACUAAUCUCCCUAUACCUAAAUCCGAACCACCUGCUGCUAAAUUAGAAGAAGAAGAAGAUUCAAAGCAAAAUAUUGUUGCUCCUCCUCCUGAUGAAUCAGAUAUUAUUGUUCGAGAAAUCGAUAUUUAUUUUGCUCCUUCUUCGCUUGAUCAUCCCGAUUCCAAGCUGUAUGUCUUGCAAUAUCCUUUGUGGCCGUCUUGGCGCCCUUUGGAACUAGAAGAUCGAUGUGACAAGGUUAGGUUAGAUCCAAAAACUUCAGACCUUGAAGUUGAAAUGUCUGCACGAUUUGAUUCUGAGAAUUUUGAUGCCGAUGUUGGUGAUGACAGAGCAAUGAAAAAGCAGGUAUUGUCAUCUGCAUGGCACCCUCCAGCUACAACUCGUCAUGCUGUUGGGAUUCUGAUAGGCGAUAAACUGCACCUCAACCCUGUGCAUGCAGUUGUGCAGCUACGGCCAUCAUUUCAACAUCUUAAGCCUCAACAUCCAACACAUGAUGAGGAAAUGAUUGUUCCAAUCAAGGAUGAAAAAACCAUAAAGCAAUCCAAGAAACAGAGAAAGCUUCCGGGAGUUGAAAAUGAACAAAACGAGGAUACCAAAGAGUGGAUGCCCCUCAACUACCAUGGCGCAAUGAGUCAAUUAUCACGUGGAUAUAUGGAAGAUAUGAUCGCACAACAAGCCUCUCCAAUACAAUUUCCGAUGAAUCAGUUGGAUUAUAUUGACUCCCUUUGUCAUGUUACAAGUGACAAACUCAAAUCCAAAGGUCCAUCUCGAAGCUCUUUGCUCAAACUUCCACUAGAAGAGCGUUACAAGAUUUGCCUUCUUGAGGGGCCUCCAGUACAUCGAUUUCAAGCUCUUAAACACUUAUCUCCAGAUCACUGUGAUGAAUAUAUUUUCACAGUCCUACAGAAGCAUGCUCAUCUAGUUCAAGGAUUAUGGGUUGCAAAAAGUAAACUGAAGCUUGGAACAGAUACAGGAGAGAAAGUUUUACUCAGAAAUUAUGCACUUCUUCAGUUUAGCAAAACCCCUGUCUUUCAUGAAAGGCAGUUACCAACAAAACGCAAAGAGACUAUGACAGGCAUAUUGGAUGAAUUUGCUGCAAGAAGAGAUUUAUGUAGAGAUUGGAAGUUCAAAGAGCUUACAGAUGAUUCAUUUAUAAAAGAAUAUCCUGAAAUUGUUGAAGAACAACAGAAAAUAUGGGAUCUUGCAGAGCCACAAAUAAUGGAGGCUUUAUUCCGAACGAGCUCAAAACUCAGUAUUGGUGUUAAGAGUUCUUCGUCUGAUAAUAGUACCAUUGAAGUUGCACUAAGAACUACAAAUGUGGCAUCUUCUAGAACAGAGAUGUUAGAUGAAACUCGAGAAGCAUUACCGAAGGCUCUUCAGAAAGUUUUCCAAGCUUACAAGGUUUGCAGCUUGAACCAAAUACGCCAAAGAUUGCGUGACAUGGCAGUCUCUGAAAACACACACCGGAAAGGCACUCGAGAAGCCAGAGCUUCAGCUGCAGCUGCAGAUGCUCCUCUAGAGGAGCUUCUCAAAACCUUAAAUCAAGUUGCUGUUGACAUACAUGGGUCCUUUGUUUCAAGGUCGUCCCCAGAUCACCCUCAGUAUGAUGAAUUUAGGAAAGUUGUCAUCGACCUUUUUCUUGCUGAAGGACGUUCCGCGAAGCUCAAAAAGGCCUCCAUCCACGCAGCUGCAAAUGUGAAGCUGAAAAGGGAUAUAACUACUAGCGAGUAUCAAAAGGUCUUAAAUGAAUUGUGUGUUUCACAACGUUCCGCAUGGGUUUUGAAGAGUGGGGAUAGUCCAACAUAAAGAUCUUUUAUUCUCAUCUGGUAGACUGCAAAUUGUGGGGAGAUGCAACCAUUACAGCUUCUUAUCAAUAGAGAUCAGUUGAGAGGUUAGGCUUUAACCAAAGGUCCAAAAUGGAGGAGUCAUUUCGUGGGUUAAGGCUACCCAGUGUUGCAUUUAUUUUUCAGUAACAAUAUGAAGAGAAGAAGGGGUAGGACUGGUAAUUAAUACUACACUUUAGUAAAAGUAAAGCUAGUACUUCUAUUUAGGAUCAUCCCUAAAUUUGGAGUCUUCUAUUUAUCUCAGAUUGUUUGUCUUAUACAUAUCGUGCUUAGAGCAUUAAGUCAUGGGUAGUGUAUUGUGGUGGAUGAAUCAAGAAAAAUGAAAUACGGUGCUCUUUUUAACAGUAGAAGUAUUUUAUUUUUGUGAUUA